AUGUCUGAGGAAUCACAACGUGCUAUAGAUGAGGAGGUGGGAAGUCAUGCCCCCUCAGAACCCAUUGAGCCAGCAGUUGCACCAGCCCCUCAUGGUGAAGAUAGGCCAGGACAGGAUGCAUUUUUACAACAGUUGGCAGAUAUGUUUAGACGAGUUUCAGGGGCAGCACCUCAGGUGCCACCACUAGUUGCAGUACCUAUGCAGGCUCCUGCUAGACCACCAAUAGACAAGCUUAGAAAAUAUGGAGCUAUGGAAUUCAAAGGCAAAAGAGAAGAUGAUGCUCCAGUAGCAGAGUACUGGCUGCAAAGUACAGAGAGAGUGUUGCAGCAGCUUCAGUGCACACCACCAGACAGUGUGGCUUGUGCAGUUGCUUUGUUACAAGAAGAGGCCUAUCAGUGGUGGGACACCACAUCACAGAUAGUUCAAUCUGAGCAGCGGACUUGGGAAUUCUUUCUGGCUGAGUUUCGAAAGAAGUAUAUAGGAGAUUUGUAUAUGGAUGAGAAGAGAAAAGAGUUCCUAUAUUUGAGACAGGGCAGGAUGACUGUUAGCGAGUAUGAAAAAGAUUUCAUCAGAUUGAGUAAGUAUGCCCGGGAAAUGGUGCCUACAGAGGAAGCUAAAUGUAAGAAAUUUGAGCAGGGUUUGCAUAAUGACAUUAGGGUGCUUUUGGCAGCCCAUUCCAUCAAAGAGUUCUCUACUCUGGUAAAUGCAGCAUUGAAUAUAGAGAAGAUAAAAGAAGAAGAACAGAGCUGGAGACAGAAAGGGCAACAGAAGAGAGGGCAAACCCAGAUGCAGGGGCAAUCCUCAGCCUCUCAAGCACCUAUGAAGAGACAAAGAGGUGCUCAAUCAUUAGGGCAGAGUCAGGUACAAAGACAAAGGCAGCCACUAGCGCAGAGUUUUGCAGGGAGGUUUGGGCAGCAAACUAGUACUUCUGUAGCCAGUUCAGGAAGUGCAGGCAGGGGACAAUACCCUAUAUGUGAGCACUGUGGUCGAAGGCAUUUGGGACCCUGCAGAAAACUAACAGGGGCAUGCUUCAGGUGUGGAUCCACUGAGCAUCUUAUGAGAGACUGUCCUAGGGGACAGGUAUCAUCAGCACCACCUAUAGAGAGGCCUAUUCCUGCCUAUUCCUGCUGGAUCUAGAGGAAGAGGAAGGGGUAGAGGUAAUCAAGGGGCAACUUCAGCCAGUCAAAGGGUGUCUGAAACAGUAGAUAGACCAGACUUCAGAACACCUGCUAGAGCAUAUGCCAUCAGGGCUAAAGAGGACAGAGACUCCCCAGACGUGAUUGUUGAACAAACUCAAAGGGAGGAAGGUACAUCAAAGGGGAAAGGCAAGGAAAGAGAGUAACUAAGGUGUACCUAAAGCUUUUGAAAAGAUUGUGCAAAAGGUUUGGUGAUUGUAUGAACUUCUGUUUUUCCUUUGAUUUUCUCAUGAAUAUGUAACAUUAGGGAUUGGUUUUGUUUGCUGGAAAUGCUCUUUUGAUUGUAUGGAUAUGUAAUAUGAAUGUUGAAAUGAUGAUUGGAAGGCUUAAAGUACAUAGAUACAACAUGGAAGCCAAAAACAUAAAACUGGCAGAAUAGGUUCCAACAGGACAGUCUGUGUUAGAAGCCUCAUAACUUAUUGUGUAAUCAUUGAAAUUAAGCCUAACAUAUACCAAAUGAAAGCUAAGACACAAAUCUCAAACUUUCAUGAAGUGACCAAAUUCUGAAUCUGUAGCUAAUUAUGUGAAAAUUUCUAGUGAACCUAAGCUGGUCACAGGGAAUUGUGCAUCCGGAGCAGUAUGUAUCUCCUAGACCAUAACUAAUAAUUUACUCAAUGAAAUGAAUUAAAACCAGUGCCAAAGGAACCCUGAAAAGUAUACCUAAAACUUUGUACAAGAAAGUUAAGCUUGAAUCUGUAUGCAAAUGUAUGCAUAUGAUAGGUUUUGUUAGAUUAAAAACAGAUACCAAAACUGUACUGGUUAGGACCUGAUUGAGCAGCUUGCAAAGAAAAAUUCAUAACUUA